UAAACUUUGUACUCUACUUCCCAUGAUUCCUAGAGCUGCAGCGAGUUGUUGCUGUAGGUGAAAUACAUCUGUAUAGUGUUGGACUAUCAGGUAAGCAGAGCAAUAAAGGCAGUGACUCUUCGAUUGGUUAGGAGGCAAUUGAGCGAUAUCAGAACAUGGCAACUGACGCUUCCACCUUGAGGAUCGGAGUUGUCGGAUAUGGACAUCUAGGAGUGUUUCUGGUGGAGAAGAUCCUCAGAGACGGACCCCGUCUUGGUCUGAUUCUGUCAUUUGUCUGGAACAGGAAUCCUGACAAGCUAAAGGGUUCAGUUCCUGCCGAACUUAUACUUAAAGAUCUGUCAUCUUUUGCAGACAGGCGGAGUGAUGUGAUUGUAGAAGUGUGUCAUCCACAUAUAGUGAGAAAAUUUGGGGUCCACUUUCUGUCUCAGUCUCACUUGAUGGUAGGAUCUCCAUCUGCUCUCUCUGAUCCUGAUCUGAACCAAAAGCUGUGUCAAGCAUCUCUGCAACAUGCUAACACGCUCUACGUUCCCAGUGGUGCAUUAUGGGGAGGCCAGGACAUCCAGAGGAUGAAUGAUAGUGGGACAUUGAAGGCGUUGUUCAUAAGAAUGUCCAAGCAUCCGUCCUGCUUCCGGCUGACAGGAGACAUACUGACCGACUGGACCGAAGGAGAGGGCAGGCGUGUUUUAUUCAGCGGCUCAGUGGCAGAGUUGUGUCCUCUUGCUCCUAACAACGUCAACACCAUGGCAGCAGCUGCAGUGGCAGCAGGAACGCUUGGCUUCACUGGUGUUCGGGGAGAGAUUGUAUCCGAUACAAAGUUAAGAGACUACCAUGUGGUGGAGGUGGAGGUGACCGGGCCUGAUGGUUUCUCAGUAAACACAGUGAGGAGGAAUCCAGCCAAUCUUGGGGCCGUUACUGGCACUGCGACAUACAACUCUUUCUGGAAUAGUUUACUCACUUGCAAAGGUCACGGAGGCAGAGUUUACUUGUGCUGAGGUGGAUGGGGUCUAUGGAGGAUUACCGACGACAUAAGAAGCUGAUCCCCUGCCAAAUUCCAGAUAAAUUAAACAGUUCAUGCUGGAUAUGCUAUAUAGACGGUGGAUCAGUAUGUUACUGAACAUUUGCAAACCAACAGACUCAAAUAAACUGCAAACACAGAAUGAAAAAAUCAGAGACAUUUGUAAAAUGCUAACAGGUAUAUAUAUAUACAUACAUAUACUAUAUGUAUAUAUAUUCUUUUAUUUUAUUAAGUUCAUCUGGUGCAUUGUAACAAACAACUCAUACAGGGGAGUGAUGAUGAGAAAAUAUGCCUGUUAAAACCAUUUCUGUUCUUCCAAUACAAAUACAAAUGAUCUAAAUGUACCUUAAAUCCCUUUCAAGACCUUCAUCUUGCCUUUUACUCAACAAAAAUAUAUAGCAAACUCUUUGGAGCACAGUCCUGUUUUUCCUUCGUCUCUCAUUCUUUUCUU